ACCUAGCAAAUGAUGAAGGGAGAACUGGGUUGAUUACUGGGGUAGAAGAGCUAAAAGAAAAUAAUUGAACUGCAUUUCCCAUCCUGGUAUCUGAGCAAUUUGGAAUAAAUGUUUUAAAUCUUGAGAGAGAAUGUAAAGCUUGUUCUCUUUCACUAUUUAAUUUUUAUUAAUACAAAACCAGGGCAGUUUGUACAGGUCUGUUAGGGCAGCUUGUAGUUACUGGGGAAUGUGCAGAGGUCUGAAUUUGAGUUUUGGUGGAUACACAUUUGUCUGGUUCUCUUCUAAACUGCAGUGGUGUCUUAGUACAGUCAUUAAGGAUACGCUUUCAGUACCUUGAACAACCCUCUUCUGCUAAUUAAUCCCUGUUUUACACAGUUCAGCUACACAGUGAGCUGCCUGAAAGCAGUCCAUUUUCAUCGCUAAUAAAACCUUGUGGUGGAUACAACUGGAACCUCAUCUUGAUGAUUUUUUUUUCCAUUUCCCCUUUGCCUUUGAGAAAAGGCUCUAAUUUAAAUAUACCUGGACAUGUACCACAAUGUUACUUUACUUCUUAAUGUGCCUUUAAGUUGGGAAUGUUAAACCCAAAGAGACAGAGUUAGGGAGUGGCUUGUAAGCAGUUUGUAGCAGGAGUCAUCUCCAAAGAGCCUUUCACUGCAGGACUCCAAUCUGUGAUGGGGCUUCCAGGUGCCCCCAACAUAGCUAACAUUCAGAGGGGAAGGAAUGGGAUUGUGACAUCAAAGGUAACUUGGCCAAUCAACAGACAGCUGACUGGCUGUUUCACCUACUACAAAUUGUUUCAUUGCAAGGCCAUUGGGAAAAGCUUUCCUCCUUAGAUAGUGACACAGGUAAGCCGCCCAGUUUGAAAUUUCCCUUGAUAAAUGUCUAACCUAAAAAUCUGUUUGACCACACACCGAUAUUCAGAGUUUUAACAUCUUUGCACAUAAUGAGCAUAGUCUUCUGAUUCCAUGGCCGUGAAUGGGGACUUCCUUUCUGAGAGCGGACCUGCAAUAUUCAUUGUGAGUGUAAGCUGUGUCUGGGCUUGGCAGCUGAGGAGUGUUAGUUAGGUGCAUGUGUGGUAUUCCUCUCUGCUGUGAAAGAAGUGGUGCAGGUUUUCUCUCUCAGAGCCAUGUGAAGACUGUUCCUGUUAUGGGGGCAGUAUUUUGCAUAGUCUUUCCUGCACAGGCAGGGUAGCACAGUGCCUCCAACACCCAGCUUGCACACUGAUUCCCUGGACUGGAGGCUUUUUGUUAUUGCUACAGUAUUUAAAACAAGAAGUGCUCAGUGCUAACAGGGCACUUGGUUACACGUCUGCUCUCCAAGACAUUUAGAGAAAUGGAGGUGUAGGAUGCUGAAUGGUGCCGAGAAAGUAAGAUUUACUUUCCAGUUGCCUGAAACAGCACACACAAUGAAAGAGAAAUUUUAAAAUGGGUAGAAAGGAUCUUGCCUACUACACAACCUCUAGCCCUCACCCCAGGAAGAGUGCUGAGGCCAAGAGCCUCUCGGAUUUGAUGUUAAAUAAGCGCCGAUGGGGUGUGUGGGCUAUAAAUUGCUAAGCCAGCCAGAAACUUAAGCACCUCCUAAUGAGGCUGAAGGAACGUCCUUUUGCCCAUUACGAUUUGAUCACUGGAACAUCAGGUCCCAACUUCUGUUGGUGAUGUGAUGGUGCAACAGACCUCUGUUCCCAGUUGUUCUGGUAGGUGGUACCCCCUUUUUCCAAGACGUGCAGAGAGUGGAAAGUCCCUGUCCCCCUUCUCCUAUUAUACCAGUUCAGUAACACCUGAAGUGCAUCCAUUUAAGCCAGUCGGCAUGACAACUUCCGUUUUGAUCUUUCUCCCUGAGCAUUCACUGCUGACACCCAUUACAGCUCCCUGCGGAUGUCCCUAGCUGCCCUCCCCCAGUGCUUCGGGGUAAUAAGAACAAACUUACUGUUCCAGCCAUGGAGUCACUGCUGCAGGUGCUCCCCACCAAGCCCACCCACUGGGAGCUCCUCACUCUGCUAGACGCUGUUGCGCAGCGGAAGGGCCAGGUGUUAGUGAUGGAGAUGGAUGACGCACAUGAACAAGCCUCACCUGUGCGGGUUGUCUUUGCCCAGGAGCUAUUCAGUAGGGCUGACCUCGGGACCGAGCUCCUCCAGGACGAGGCCAGCAAGAAGCGAGAGCAGGAGCUGCGGCCACAGCUGGUUUUCAUGCUGUGGCAGGCUGCCACCCUGAGGCAACUUGUGCAGUGGGAACUUCUGGAUGAGACGCUUGGGAACUUGAGGAGCCUCUUUCCCUGUGUGCCAGCAGCGCUGGUGCUGGUGCUGAUCCAGUCCAGCCUGCAGCAGCAGCAGGUGGAACCAGAACAGGCGGCAGGGGCACUGAGGAGAAUGCAGUGCUUGCUGGAUGGCAGCUUCCAGGAUCUUGUGGUGGAGGCAGCUGUUUAUAGCCCAGGCCAGCUAGAGGGGGCCUGGGAGGGCGAGAGAGCCGCAUGCAGAGCCCUGGGAGAAGUUCUGAUGGAGCAAGAAGAAAUUGCCUCUCGGGACCCCAUUGCUAUUCGGCUCGGCUUGGAGGUGUGCAACGUCAGCUAUGGAAGGCAGUAGAGGACUGGAUCACUUGGUUGCCUCAGGAUGUGCUUGGCAGGUGGGUUUCCUCCCAAUAUUCCCUCACUGCAGCCUUCCCCUGCUGCUGCCACAGUCCUUGGCCAGCUUGCUCUGUUGCUCCAGCCAUGUGAGCCCGCCUGCCUGAGACUCGCCCACUCCCCACGUGCACUUCAAGACAAUGACUGCUUUAGCAAAUGGACAGAAGGACAGAUCCUGGGGCGCCUCUUCUCUACACAGACGCACUCCUGCUAUUAGUAGGAACCCCGGCUGAGAGAGGAUUUGAGUGCGUG